GAGUGAUCACAUAAAAAGAAAUCGUAUGUUUGAUGACAUAACAUUUCGGUUAAUAGUGGUACAUUUACAUAAAUGUAAUAGUCUGUAUUUUUAAUCUGUACAUCUUUUAAUUUCUGAAUCUGAGGUUACACUUGAACAUGUAAGAACGUCCCGAUGAAUUCCAUUCUUUAAAGUAUGCUACCAUUUAAACAUGACGACUUGAACAUUUUGUAGCCCGCCUUUGAGCGUCAUAAGACGACGUUGCCGUUGUUGGAACUGAAGAAGAAACCACAACUGGAAAAACAAAACACGAUUGUGAACAUGUCAGAGCGCCGUACAUCACUCUUCCUUAAUGACGAAGAUAACUUCACAUUCGUAGCUGCUCUAGAAAUAGGAACAAGCUAUUCCGGCUAUGCGUAUUGUCAACGUAAAGAUGGAAAGUCGAUUGCAAAGGAUAUAGUGAUGAAUCCAGCAUGGCUGAACACUGACAAGACGCUUACAAGCCUGCGUACUCCAUCUUGUUUGUUACUGAACGAAAAGAAAGAGUUCGAGGCGUAUGGAUAUGAGGCGGAGAAACUAUAUUUAGAACUUGUCAGGGAAGGAAGACAAAACAAAUAUUUCUACUUCCGUAGAUUCAAACCAAAACUGGUUGGAAUACAGGAUCUGCGUUUCAAUUCUCUAAUAACGGACGAAGGCGGAAGAGCGUUUUCAGCUCUAAAAGUAUUUUCUCUCUCACUUCGCUAUUUGAAGAGUCAGUUAUUAAAUGACCUCUGUCUGCGCGGGAAAGAUGCAGAUACAGACGACAUUCGUUGGGUCAUCACGGUGCCAGCGUUCUGCUCCGAGUCUGCUAAACAAUUCAUGCGUAAAGCAGCUAACAUGGCAGGGAUUCCAGAUUCAAUGAUAAAACUGGGACUAGAACCGGAAGCAGCGUCCAUCUUUGUUCAGAGCAUGCCCUCAAACUUGUUCUCUAAUGACAAACUGCCAGUGCUUAAAUCCGGUACCAAGUAUGCUCUAGCGGAUAUUGGUGGCGGAUUAACAGAUAUAAUAAUACAUGAAAAACGCCGGGAUGGCCUACGUGAGGUGAGUAGAGGCGUCGGUGCCAAACUUGGUGGUGGAUCGGUAGACAACAUUUUCGUACAGUUCCUUCAUAAACUACUUGGCGACGCUAUAACUGAUGAAUUUGUGAACAGAUAUAGGAAAGAAUUUCUGACUAUGAUGCAUGAAUUUGAAUAUAAAAAGCGAAACGUGACACCCAUAACGACCAGUUACAUUGAACUCAAAGUACCAGCAUGCAUUCAGUUGUUGUGCCAAAAGCAACAGUACAAUGAUAACCUUGCUAACGUGAUAUUCCGCUCAGUUUACAAAGGAAGAGUCAAACUAGUCGGCCAAAGGCUCCGGAUAGAUGCCGUCAUUAGCAAUGAAUUUUUCAGGGCAAUCACUGUAGAAAUGGCAAAACUUAUCAGUCACACGUUAUCCAGUUUCAAAACUGCAAAAGACGUUUCCAUCCUUGUCCUGACUGGGGCAUUUGCUGACUCUGAAGUUGUGCAGGAAAUAAUGCAUCAAGAACUGGUCGGUAAAAGUCAGAUCAAACAGAUUAUAGUCCCACCAGACUCUGAUGUAGCAGUGCUAAAGGGUGCAGUGAUAUUUGGGCACAACCCAGGGGCUAUUUCUUGCAGGAUAAACCGAUACACGCAAGGUCUGCGGAUUGCCAGAUUGUAUAAUCCAGAAAUGCACGAUCCGUCACGAAGGUCCGUACUAAAUGGGAUAGAAUAUAUCCUCGAUAUAUUUUCACCUUUCCUCACAGUUGGCACCCGGGUACCAGCCGGCUUCAUCUCUCACCAGGCUCUAACAACAACGGAACCACUGCAAAAGAAAAUUGAAAUAGACUUGUACCAAUCAUCGUCACUCUCUCACAAUUUUGUAACUGACGAAGGUUGUGAAAGCCUUGGAAAAAUCGAGUAUGAAAUACCGAUUCCCUCGGAAGAGGCAAGAACAAUUUAUAUAGACUUUGUGUUAGGAGGUACUGAACUUGAAUUGAUUAUUACUGACAAGAAAACUUCGUUCAAGACAAAAUAUACAUUCCCGGUGUUAAAAGCAAAAUAACAGAUCCCGCCUAGCCCAAGGAAAGUUCAUUAUGGAAGAAAUGUUGUGUAUGUUGAUACCGUACACAAUACAAGUAAAACAAACCUUCAACAAAGACAUCGCAAUCAAAGAAACAAACAGUGUGAUGCCACCUUUAUUAUGCUCAGGGUCAAAAGCUCCCGGAAAGUUGAAACACUAUCUGGAAUUCUAAACUCGUUAAGUGUUUGUUCUUGGAUACAUUGUGAUUUCUUAAAUUAUCAUAUUACAGUCUUGAAUUAUCUCCGUUCAGUUAUCGGUUACGUGAAAUUGUAUCAGAAAAAAAGUAAGAAGAAAAGCCCAUUUCAACAGGAUAAGUCACAUUCAAAGCACUCAGCUAUAUACAUGUAUAUAGCACUCACUUGAAUAUUACAAUGUGCUUUGAUACGUUUGAACGGAGCGGCCAGCUGAAAUAAAAUGUACCUAUAAGAGAAUAGUACCGUUAGAAAAACAUGCAUGUAUGCUUUUCAAAAAUGCUGUGCAUGUAUAUUUUUGCAAAAGUGCUGAAAAUCGUUAAUAAGCAGCUCGUAAAUGUUAUUUUUGUUUGGUUUUGUUAGGUUUUUUUAAAAUAAUAUUACUGAUGUAAAUAAAUAUGAAAA